AUGGAAUUACGUGAAAAGUGCCCAUGUGAUAGAGAACCUCGCCCAUCAUCCAUAACUGAUGAACAAUUAAUUGUAACUCCCGAAGCUAGAGAUAAACGAAAUAUAAAAGACGACCCUUUGUUAGGAACUCGUGAUGCUGAUGGUUUGGUUCGUGGUUGUGAAGAUACUGAUUUUCUUGGUUUUGGCGAUGUUUCAACGUUUCCAGAGGAUAUAGCCUCUAGGAUAGAAGAUCAGCGUGAAUGUAAAUUUUAG